AUGGCGAGUGGAGGAGGUUACGGAGACCCGUCGCAGAAGAUUGACUACGUGUUCAAAGUGGUGCUGAUCGGCGAUUCGGCGGUUGGUAAAUCGCAGAUACUGGCUCGAUACGCGAGGAACGAAUUCAGUUUGGAUUCGAAAGCCACCAUCGGUGUCGAGUUCCAAACUCGGACGCUCGUUAUCGACCACAAGAGUGUUAAGGCUCAGAUCUGGGAUACCGCCGGUCAAGAACGAUACAGAGCGGUAACGAGUGCGUAUUACCGAGGUGCGGUUGGGGCGAUGCUGGUUUACGACAUAACCAGACGCCAAACGUUUGACCAUAUCCCUCGAUGGCUAGAAGAAUUGCGAGCUCACGCGGACAAGAACAUUGUGAUAAUCCUUAUAGGGAACAAGUCGGAUCUUGAAGAUCAACGGGCUAUUCCAACGGAAGACGCUAGAGAGUUUGCGGAGAAGGAAGGAUUGUUCUUCUUGGAGACGUCUGCGUUCAACGCAACCAACGUUGAGAGCGCUUUCUCCACGGUUUUGAACGAGAUCUUCAACAUUGUGAACAAGAAGAGUCUUGCUGUGAGUGAAGAGCAAGAUCACGGGUCGCUUGCUGGUAAGAAGAUUGAUAUUGUGCCAGGUCCUGGUCAGGUGAUACCGAAGAAGAGUAUCAUGUGUUGUAACUCUUAG